AUGGCUCCCAAAAAGCCAGAGCCCAAGAAGGAUGACGCCAAGGCAGGCGCCAAGGCAGCUCCAGCUCCCGCACCUGCACCCGCACCUGUACCAGAGCCCCCCAAGGAACCUGAGUUCGAUGCCUCCAAGGUCAAGAUCGAGUUUACGCCGGAGCAGAUUGAAGAGUUCAAGGAAGCCUUCAUGCUGUACGACCGCACACCCAAGUGUGAGAUGAAGAUUACGUAUGGGCAGUGUGGGGAUGUCCUGCGGGCGCUGGGCCAGAACCCUACACAGGCCGAGGUGCUCCGAGUCCUAGGGAAGCCGAAGCAGGAAGAGCUUAACUCCAAGAUGAUGGACUUUGACACGUUCCUGCCCAUGCUCCAGCACAUCUCCAAGAACAAGGACACGGGCACCUUCGAGGACUUUGUGGAGGGGUUGCGGGUCUUCGACAAGGAGGGCAAUGGCACGGUCAUGGGCGCUGAGCUCCGCCACGUGCUGGCCACGCUGGGUGAGAGGCUGACAGAAGAUGAGGUGGAGAAGUUGAUGGCUGGGCAAGAGGACUCCAAUGGCUGCGUCAACUACAAAGCAUUUGUCACGCACAUCAUGUCCAGCUGAACCUCUUGCCCCAGGGAGCCCGGGGAGGCCGUGCUGGGGACAGCUCAUCUUCCACUCGAGUUGCUGACACCCGUGGCCUGCAGCCUGUGGGACGGAGGGGAGCACCUUGACACUCCUGCACAGGCUCUCUCUGCACAGCUCUGCGGGGCUGUCAUCUCUCCCCAUCAGGCUGCACUUGCCUGUGACUGCAUCUCUGUCCCCGGCCCUUGGGCCUCAUGAAUAAAUGGCUUCUUUCCUUC